AUGGAGGGAACCGAAAAGCUCUCAAGGGUCAGGGCUCAUACCAGCAGAGAGCAAGAAUCCAAGCAGGCCAAAAUGCCCCGUGCCCUCUCCGAAUCUGCGCGAUCAAAAAAGCACAAAACUGUCGAGAUUACCGAGAGAGUAGCACAUAUACAGCAAUGGAGACGGGAUAAGAUCAAACUCCCCAGCCAUCCCAGCAACCCCAGGAAUUUCAAGGAGAAGGUAGGAGAACGCCUCGACCUUCUCCACGGUCGCGUUCCAUCGCUGGAUGCUGGUAAAGAGACAAGGGCAAGUACUAACAGUAGCGAGAAGGAACAACCAGGUUCUCUUCAAAGGAAAGCCAACACUGCAGACUGGCGGCCAAGGCUAAGGCUAACAGAAAAGGGCAAGGGGUUAGUAAGGAAUUUAUCGUGGUCGACCCUCAAGGAGAACGUUAGGCCAAAACAGAAAGAUCCCCUCCACCAGUGGAUGGUUGAUCACUCUGGUGGCACGAUUAAAUAA